GUUUACGCGGAGUAUGACAUCAUGAUAUGGUCUGCCACCAGUAUGAAGUGGGUUGAGUUAAAGAUGGGGCAACUUGGUGUUCUCAAUAAUCCAAACUACAAUAUUACUGCUCUCCUGGAUCAUAUGGCAAUGAUCACUGUUCAAUCAGAUACUCGUGGGGUCUUUGAUUGCAAACCACUUGGACUGAUUUGGGCUCAUUUUCCUGAGUUUUACAGUGCCAAAAACACUAUAAUGUUUGAUGAUCUACGAAGGAAUUUUGUGAUGAACCCACAAAAUGGCUUGGUUAUAAAACCAUUCAGAAAAGCCCAUGCAAAUCGAGACAGUGAUCAGGAACUUGUAAAGCUAACACAAUACUUACUUGCCAUAGCGGAUCUUGAUGAUCUUAGCAAUCUUGAACACAAGAAAUGGGAGUCCUUUAACGAGGACAGUUUCAAGAGACGCAGGCGUGGUUGAACUGCUUUUAAUAUUGAACCUAUUCUCUUUUUACUACUUUCUUUAGCUGAAUUUUACAUACAUAACAUCAGUUGUCUACUACAAGAGAUGUUGUAUCAUUUAUAUAUGUAUUUUUUCGACUUUCUGCUAGUUUAUUAAUGCUUAAGUUUUUAUUGGAAACAAA